CGUGAGUCAAUUUUCAACCUCAACAUGUUCAACACUUAUGUUGCUAUCACGCCCCGCCUCAAAAACAUCGCUUACAAUUCGAGAGAAGCCUUAGCCGACCAUCUGCCCGCGGAUCCAGUCCUCAGUAUUCUGCAGUUCACAUAUCGCCGGGGCGUCAACGUCGCAGAGCCAUCGCAGCGGGCACACGUACUAUGGCAAAAGUCGCUGAAGUUUGUCUCAACAGUCCCUGGGUUUCAAGGGAUGUACUGGGCCCCAGUCGACCACACCUCGCCGCAUCAACAGAUCAUCGUUCUAAUCCAGUGGGACAGCGGUCAUGGCUGGAAAUGCUUCCAAUCGUCUCUGGGCUUCAGCAUGAUGCUCGGUUAUAUCGAAAGCAUUUCCAACCGUUGCAUUCAGUCUGUCCUUCCUGUUAAUCUUCCCAUAUCGGACAGUCUCCUGGAGCUGGUGUCUUUCCGGUUCGGGUUCUCCGAUGAGGAUGAGUAUAACCAAAAGCCCGGUUUCAAAUCCAAGUGGGAAACGGAUUUCGCUCCCUUUUUGAACAAUACUUCUGCCAAUGUCGAGUCGGACUUGCUAUAUUGUUGCGGGGAAUGGCUUGAGGCAGAUCAGGCUUCUGAAGACCGGUAUUUUGUCGGGCUGCUCUUCUGGAAACCAGAUUCCCAAGACGGGCACCGGCACCGGCGACAGGCCAAUGACCACAAUCUAAGGAUCCGAAUCGCACACCUCGUGGAACAUACGGCGGAGGUAGUCUCAGUUUACACGCGCCAGCUCAACCAAGUCAACGUGUCUUCCGGAGCAUCUAUAGAAACGCUAGGCCUCUCAACCGCCUCCCCUUCCCCGGUCUCUGUGAAUGGGCAGUUUAACUCCAACCACCCAGUAUUUCAGUCACACGUGAAGCGCGAAUACAAUAUCGAUGAACAAACAUUCUCGCAAGGCCAGGAUCAACGCCAUCUGGAAUCCAUGCGCCAGGCGAGACAAACCCCCCCUCAGCGCAUUGCCGGUGGCCCCGCUGGUACUUGGUACCCCAUGGGGAAAAUCUCCCAACACCAUCUGCCCCAGUCACUUGAGUACAGCGGGAGACCCACAAUGGACUGGAUUUCCUUUCGCGCUCAGCGCGGGCAUCCGGCAGUGGAAGCGGGUGGUGCAUUCGAGGAUCUCCGUCGAAAACUCUGGGGGAUGGGGGACUGUCCCCGCAUUUUCUGGGGGAAAUGUCAAGAGAAUAAGGGAGAGGGAGAGGGUAACCUGAUCUCAUUCUCAUUGUUCAUAGCUCUUGAACAUUCUGAACACCCUAAACACCAGAAGCCCGAAGCAGAAGCAGAAGCAGAAGUCCGAGCGCAACUCCAACAGUGCAUCCGGGAAUUCAAGGAUGCAUGCGGGGAUGCAAUCCAGGACCUAUCCCACCGCCGAACUCCCAGUUUAUUUCCCUUUCCAAGUGUCCCUCACUCCAUGGACAUGGUCGUUUUCGACGUCUCUCCGAACGAAACGGACCAAUGCUCAUUCGGAUACGCCUUCUCCAAUUACCAAGCAACCACCCGUCAAACGCAGGUCGUCGGAAGUCUCCACAGUCCUUGGUCUGCUUUCAUGCCCCGGUGCCAAGGAUGGCUCAGUGACUAUGACUAUAAGUCUCCACCACAGCAGAGCGAGCAAGAGCAGCCACUGCCUGUUCAAUUUAUCUCCAUCUUCGAGUGCGAAAAGGAAGGGGCUCGCGAGGAGUGGUACCGCGACUUCGCUGAACGAGCUCAAACGCAGUAUGAUCUUUUAGGCCAUAUUGUGGAUUGGCUGCGGACUUUGUCCACGCGGAUCACUAUCCAGCACUUGGUUGUGGAAAAGGAAGAUCCUUGGAUGACUGCAGACAGAUUGGCAAAGGCGCAGCGUCCGCCUUCGCCACUCCCACCAUCCAUAUUUGAUCUACCGCGGGCUAGAUAGGCUAACGAGUAAUUAUUUGGGUGUGGACUCUCAUGUCACGGUUGGAAAGGCGGCCGUUUCUGGCCCCCAAAGCGGUCAUUUUUCGCGUCAAUCUCACAGGCC